AUGCUCUUCUCUCAUAUUGCUAUGGCCGCUCUUGCGGCUCUCCCACUCUCGCUGGCCGCCCCGGUCGCGACCAGCACCGACUCGGCAUCGGCGGCUUCCACUUCGACGCCCACCACGGCCAACGGAACCGCUACGGCCAAGGCCGAGUUCCUCUUCCCCAAGGCCAGCGACUGGUGGGUGCUGGACACCUUAAACACGGCCGCAUGGAACUGGACCAACUUCCAGCCCCAGUCAGAGCUCACUGUCGUCAUCUCCAACAACAACUCGGCCCUGGGUAUUAACGGCAACGAGACGUCCGCUGCUUGGAUGAGCGCCCUGCCCUCGGGCCUUGUGUCCGUCGGCUCCAACGCUGGAAGCUAUUUGAACGGUGCCCACGACAUCUGGCUCAAGCCUGGCACUGGCUACGUCUUGACUCUGCUGAACAGCAACCUGACAACCGUUUACGCCGUCUCGGACGCCUUUGAGGUCAAGUCCAACACCUCGAGCGUGGACCCCGAGGACCCCACUCACAAGAACUCCUCCACCACCAACUCGACGGGCGCGACCAGCUCGGGCACCGCGAGCUCUGGUGCGCACGUCACCGCAGGCGUGUCCGGCAUGGGCCUCGCUGUUGGUACUGUUGUGCUUGCGGCCGUGGCCAUGGUUGUCUAA